CACUUCCCCCAAUUUCUCUGCAAAUCCAAAACCCUAAAGCUCCAAUCUUUACCAUAACCAAACCCCAAAAGCUCCAAUCUUUACCAACCCAGAACCCCAAAGCUCCAAUCUUCCAUGGCUCCGACGCCGUCCUCCACCAAAUCCCACCACCACCACCAAACCCUAACCCGAACCCCCCAAUCCCGCCACCGCCUCCAAUUCCCCAAACCCCAAACCACCCCAAACCCCAACAACAACAACAACCCAUCUCUUUCCGGCCACCCAAUCGAAGUCCUCGCCCGAAUCCGAGACUACCCAGAUUCCAAAGACCCACCGGUUCUCCAAAUCAACCCGGAAAAACAGAGCAUCCGGGUCAGGGCCGACUUCGGGUACCGGGACUUCACCCUGGACGGCGUCUCGGUGUCGGAAAGCGACGAUCUCGGCGAGUUCUACGCGCAGUUCGUGAAGUCGAGAAUCGACAGCGUGAAGCUGGGUGAGAAAUGUACGGUGAUGAUGUAUGGGCCGACCGGGUCGGGUAAGAGUCACACGAUGUUCGGGUGUGUGAAGCAGCCGGGGAUUGUGUAUAGGUCGUUGAAGGACAUAUUGGGUAAUGAGGAGGAUGAUGAGGGUGUGGUGGGGAGGUUUGUGCAGGUUACGGUUUUGGAGAUUUAUAAUGAGGAGAUUUAUGAUCUGUUGAGUGGUAAUGGGGCUGCUGGUGGUGGUGGUGGGUUUGGGUUUGGCUGGCCUAAAGGGAAUGGCUCUAGUUCUAAGGUUAGACUUGAAGUAAUGGGAAAGAAGGCAAAGAAUGCAACCUACAUUUCCGGAAAUGAAGCUGGAAAAAUCUCGAAAGAAAUUCAGAAAGUGGAGAAGCGAAGGAUUGUGAAGAGUACCCUUUGCAAUGAGAGAAGUUCUCGGAGCCAUUGCAUGAUAAUUCUUGAUGUCCCAACUGUGGGUGGUCGCUUGAUGCUCGUUGAUAUGGCUGGUUCUGAAAAUAUCGAGCAAGCUGGACAACUUGGUUUUGAGGCAAAAAUGCAGACCGGAAAGAUCAACCAAGGGAACAUAGCACUAAAACGAGUGGUUGAAUCCAUUGCAAAUGGUGAUUCACAUGUGCCCUUCAGAGACAGCAAGCUUACCAUGCUUCUACAGGACUCCUUUGAAGAUGACAAGACGAAAAUUUUAAUGGUUCUAUGUGCAAGUCCAGAUCCAAAGGAGAUACACAAGACAAUUGCCACCCUAGAGUAUGGUGCAAAAGCCAAAUGUAUAGUCCGUGGUCCUCACACGCCAAUUAAGGAUAAAGCUGCGAUGGACGAUUCAUCUGCUGUCAUUUUAGGAUCAAGGAUUGCUGCCAUGGAUGAAUUCAUCCUGAAACUACAAAAGGAGAACAAGAUAAAAGAAAAGGAGCGAAAUGAUGCGCAUAAGUUGCUACUGAAGAAAGAAGAAGAGGUUGCUGCCAUGAGAACCAAACUUCAGUCAAUGGAAGGAAAGGGAUCUGGAUCAAAGGAGGAAGAAUUUAACUUGAAGGUGAAUGAAGUUGCCCAGACACUGAAACAGGAGUUGGAAAGGAAGUUGGAGGAGUGCCAGAGAAUGGCCAAUGAGUUUGUGGAAUUGGAGAGGAGGAGAAUGGAAGAAAGAAUAUGGCAACAGCAACAAGAAGUUGAGAUGUUGAGGAAGAGAUUGGAGGAAAUUGAGUUGGAGCUGUGCCGCUCAGGUGAUGGAAGUGGGGUGGAGAGUGGCCGAAAGGACAAUGAUGGAACCCAGUUUGCCAAAAGGUUGAUGGGGAUCUAUGCCAGUGAUGGUGCAGGGAUGAUGAAGUCAAUGGACAUGGUGAAAUCCAUGGAUUUGGACAUGGAUGAUCAAGAACCUUUUGCUGGAGUGGUGAAAUAUGUAGGUAUUAACUGUGGGGUAACUGGGACAUAUCAAUCUGACAGCAAAAGUAACCAAGGAUUUGCAAAUCAGACUCAUUUAAAUGCAAUUGCUACAGAUAAUAAUGAUUCUUUUGCAGCAAAAUGUGCUGACAGGGUAUGCCUCAGCACUGUUUUUGAGGAAGAAGAAAUGGAAGAGGAAGAACGCAAGGAGAACGUGGAUGUUGAAGAAGUGGAGAAAGAAGUUAUAGAGGAGAAGAGGGUGUGUAUGGUUGAUGGGUCUAGCCACACAAGUAAUUAUAGUCUGGGCUCCCUGGUAGCUUUACCUCAUGAUAAUCAGCCAAGCAGAAAUGCAGGGGAAGAAGAUAGCAAGGGAGGACCUGAUGACCGACUUGUUAGAAUUCGCAACAUAUUUACACUCUGUGGGAACUAUAGAGAGCUCUCUCAACAUAUCACAAGUCCAGCACCUACUCUGAAGCCACUUGCAUCAUUCAAAUCAGAAAGUGAGAAGAAAGUGACAGAACUAGAUGUGGCUUCCAAGGAGAACUACAACCCUUCAAAUGAUGGCACUGAAGCAGAUAGCGAAGUGUAUGUGAAGUGGGAGGCCUCUAAAGAAAAUCCAGGGAAAUUCAUUACAACUCUUAGAGUCGUUAAAGAUGCAACCCUUGCUGACCUGCGAAAGCUUAUUGAAAUCUAUCUUGGUGCAGACAAUCAAGCUUUCAACUUCCUCGUGCUUGGGGAUCCAACUGGAGCUGCAGUACCUAGGGAGAAGGAAGCGACAAUUCAGGCGACUAAGCUUCCUCUUUGCAAUGGUGAAACCAAUGGAUACUUGGCUUGCCUGAGACCAUUGAAGGGAACACAGAAAAUACAUAGCAGCCCAGUUCAGCAGCUUCCAUUGACUCCUCUCCCCUUGAGCUCACUGGAGAACAGACUACCAGUCACCCCAACAACUUGCUUUACACCACAAGUAGAACCAAGCUUAGGUUCUACUCCUUUUAUUACAGUCAGAAAAUGCUAGUAGGGGUAGCUCUGAUUGUAGUGAUGGUUGUAAAAUUUGUAAGAAGUGCACUGUUUUUGUG